CACCGAGCUCUCGCGACGACAGGAGCUUCUCGAACACUUUCGAACACUUCUCCCGCGCCCACUGACAUCCAUCCACACCUCACCGAUCGCCCGCAUAUCAUAUACAGCCCCGCGACAUAUCUGCUCCGACAACCCUCCUCCACACCGGCGCUUCCCCAAACCUACUCCCCUCUUCGGCACAGGGAACCGCACCCGAGACACCCCUAAGCCGCUUACAGCCAAGUCCCCUCAAGAUGGGCGGGCAGCUCUCCAAGAUGAUGGGCAAGAUCUUCGGAUCGAAGGAGAUGCGCCUCCUGAUGCUGGGCCUCGACGCCGCGGGCAAGACCACGAUCCUCUACAAGCUCAAGCUGGGCCAGGACGUCACCACCAUCCCCACAGUCGGCUUCAACGUCGAGACGGUCACGUACAAGAACGUCAAGUUCAACGUGUGGGACGUCGGCGGCCAGGACAAGAUCAGGCCACUGUGGAGGCAUUACUUUAGCGGCACCCAGGGAUUGAUCUUCGUUAUCGACUCGUCGGACCGGGCGCGGAUGGACGAGGCAAGACAGGAGCUGCACCGCAUCAUCAACGACCGGGAGAUGAAGGAUAGCCUGCUGCUGGUGUUUGCGAACAAGCAGGAUCUCGACAAUGCCAUGAAGCCCCAAGAAGUAACCGAGGCCCUCCAGCUGUCCAAGCUGAAGGACAAGGUCUGGUACGUCGUGCCCAGCUGCGCCACCACGGGCGAGGGCCUCCUCGAGGGCCUGGCCUGGCUGUCCAACAACGUCAAGGCCCAGCCCGCCCCGUCGAAGAAGUAGCCGGGGAGCCCCGGGUCUGCCGCGGGCUGGAGGAAAGGCGCGGGGGGGACCGUGUCUCGGGUUAUCUUCUUCAUUUUUUAAUUAUCUAGAGGACACCUCCUUCACAGUUCGACGAGGUUUAUCUUCUUUCCCUCUGCUGCCACC